CAAGUGUGAAACAUUUUUAAAAAUGGAGCAUGAUGGUGAGCAAGUCAGCAGGCGUGUGGUGUUGUCAAGUCGUCCAGGAGUUGAUGGGGUACCGUCUGCUAACAACUUUGCUGUCGAGAAAUGCAGCUACCCAUCAGAAUUAGCUGACGGCAAUGUACUGCUGAAAACGCUGUAUCUCUCAGUAGAUCCAUAUAUGAGAUGCAGAAUGAAUGAAGACACUGGAGCUGAUUACCUUGGACCAUGGAAGUUAGGUGAAUCCAUUACUGGAGGAGGGGUUGGAGUUGUUAUAUUGAGCAAUUCUGCAAGUCUAUGUGUAGGAGAUGUUGUUGAGGGUUUUCAUUGGCCAUGGCAGCACUAUGCUGAAAUACCUGCUGACCAGUUACAGAAGGUGGAUCCAUCUGUAGUAGACGAUCGCCAUUCAUUAUUCCUUGGUGCCGUUGGAAUGCCAGGUCUAACAGCAUUAUUGGGAGUACAGGAGAAGGGGCAUGUAAAAGCAGGGGGCAAGCAAACAAUGGUGAUUAGUGGUGCAGCAGGGGCAUGUGGCAAUAUAGCUGGACAGAUUGCAAUGCUAAAAGGUUGUGCAAAUGUUAUUGGUAUCUGUGGGUUGGAGGCCAAAUGCAAAUUUCUUACAGAAGAUUUGCAAUUCCAAGCAGCCAUUAAUUACAAGACAGAGAGCGUAGAGAAACGGUUGAAGGAAUUAGCAGAUGGUGGAGUGGAUAUCUACUUUGAUAACGUGGGAGGAAAUAUAAGCAACAUUGUGAUUAGCCAGAUGAAUGCAGACUCGCAUGUGAUUCUGUGUGGUCAGAUUUCACAGUACAAUAAAGAUGUUCCAUAUCCACCUCCACUACCCAAAGAUAUUGAGCAAAUAUUACAAGCAAAGAACAUCACAAGAGAUCGAUUUCUAGUCCUCAACUACCAAGACAAGUUCUUAGAAGGAAUAAUGCAAUUGGCCAGUUGGGUCAAGACAGGGCAGUUGAAGGUGAAGGAAUCAGUUGUUCACGGACUUGAAAAUUGUGGAGCGGCAUUUGUAUCAAUGAUGACAGGAGGCAAUAUUGGUAAACAAGUUGUACAUAUAGCUGAUCUUUGAUGUUCAAGUGUGUCAAUCUGAUCGGUAAUCUGAUUAUUACCCCUCCCCAUCUUUCGAAAACAGAUCUGCGCCCUUGCCUACUACAUCAAAAGAUAUACUGCUAGUCGAAAAUUAUGGGCCCCUGCUUGUAGAGAAGCGGUAUAGUCUUGCCGUCUACGUAUAAAGGAAUGGCCAAACAGACACAUCUUAAGUAGCAUAUUAGAUACAUAAAGAAAAUAUGGUCUCCAAACUUACUUAAUAUUAUCGGAUUUGCAAAAACACAAGCGUUGGUAUUGUGGAAAACUGUGUUGUACCGUGAAAUUCAAAAGUAUAACUUCUUCUUGUACUGUGCAAUUCAAAAGUAUAAUUUUUUCUCAAGUCGCAAUAAAAUGAGGUUAAAACGAAGAGCAAGAUUUAACAGCAGUUAACACUAGGAUGGACAAUAAUAGAGUGUUACCCCGAGACACAUCCCAACUAACUCAAGUUACCUCAAUUACAAGGCUCUCUGCCUUACGAAACAUCUGGUAAACAUAUAAAGCCUAGCCGCUUGUAUACACAAAACUAUUUUUCUCCUUUACGUUCGAAAAAUUUUCUUUAUUAUAUUUCCAAUGAUAUUAAAGUGAUUGUUGUUUCCCUGUGUACUGUUUAAAAAGAACAAAACAAAAAGCCAGCUUCCUCUGUUACACGCAAAACCAAGCGCAAGUGGCUCUGCAGAACAAGUAGCAAGUCGGCGAUGACCAGUCAGUCGUCCAGAUACAUGAAGAUUUGAAUGCCUUGUUCGUGAAAAUAUGCCGCUAGAGCCUUGACCACCCGAGUGAACACCCGCGGCGCGGUAGAUACUGUGUGCUAAAUGGCAGAAUGAGGAAUUGGAACACCUGGCUGUCAAGGCGAACCUCAACCAGCAUUGAUCCGACUUGCGGAUUGUGAUGUGGAAAUAAUCGUCCUUCAGGUCGAUUGUAGCUGCCCAAUCUCCUUUCUUCAGACCCAUGAGAACGGUUGACCCAUCCGAAACCUGCUGGGAACAAUAAAAGGUUUUAGACACCGUAAAUAGCCUCCCGUUCCGUGCCCAGGCCUCCUCACGUGCCGCAAACGAGCCAAAGAACAAAUCAUUAGCCUCAAACGAGGGAACUUCCAGAAAGCGGUGUUAAUCACCCGGAGAGAUGUCAGUCGCGCGGAGGAAGGAGGCUUACGUGACCGUGACGCGCCACCCCCGCAGACAACGCGAUAGUUGCCUGUUGGUCGGCGAUGAGCCCCAUCACCUGCUGUAACGGGACCACGUCAUCGUCUAUUUUAGGGGGCGAACUGGAUCAGCUAGGAAACUGAGAACGUAACCACAGAUAUUGACGGUGCGCAACGUCUCCCGUGCCUCGUGAUCGUGAGACUGAAGAGCCUCUUCAGCCGUGGCCUGUGCCUUGUUCUUAAAAGUAGUCUUUGCGUUAAUAUCGAGGCCUUGGUCCUCACGAACUCCAUCAAUUUUCUUUUGUCUCUCAUCAGUUCUUUCUUCUUUCAUUCCAUUUUCAACCUCAACCAAGUCCUCAAUCAGCAGAGCUAACUUGCUAUCAACAACCGAGAGACUGUUCUUACGUUUAACAACAGGUUUCUUUACAGCUGUAUUGCAUUGUUCAUAAUAUAAUUACAGAUUACAGAUUUGUAAAGGUAUUCAGUAAUUUAAAUAACUCAUUGUUUAAAUUGAUAUUUAUAUAUAGGUCCAAAAUACCUUGUUCAAUUUUCAAUCAAUGUGUAACUUUUGCUUUUUCUACUACAAACUUGUAUUUUAUAUAUAGUGAUGUAGCCUAAAAUUUUAAGUGUUUUUCAAAUAUUAUGAAUUUUGUAAAAAUGAUAAUUUCACAAACAAUACAUAUAAACAUGGAUUUACACUAUUACUACUAUGCAAGUCAUGUGGCUACAUACUGUAAAUGCUUUAAUUGAGAGUUUCUAUUACCCUGUGUGUAGUGAAACACUUUGAGAAACAGGGUUUUACAUAUAAUGUAUACAGUGUUAAAAUGAAUAAAUAACAUAAUAAAGACACAAGCAUUUCUCUAUAAACAUUUAUUUACGAUGACAUGACCUAUGGUAAUAGGUCUACGGGAAUGUAUGAUAGGUAACAUGGGAUUUGGCAUUUUUUUAUAAGCUCCGUUUUCAAUUAAGCGCCGCACUGAAGCCUCCAAAAAUGUUAUAAGCGUAUUUGAGCAUUUACGGUAUGGUCACUCUGUUUAUUGUGUAUGUGAAUAUUUACAGUAAUGUGUAUGUUUUGAAUGAGAUCAUGUGACGAUUUGUAAUGGGUUCAUUAUAUUUAACUACUUUCUAGGUUUUACUUCUAUACAACAUAUUUAUUGUACAGAAUAUUUGUUGUAUUCUGUGAGUCAUCUUGCUUUAAGAACAAAAUAUUGUAUAAUAAAAAUAUAUUAGAUUGAAUA